UGGGGGAAGAGAGAGAGAAAAAAUAGAGAGAAUGAAACAGGCAAUUUACGAACGUUACCAUUUCAGCAAUCGACUUCUCGAUUUGCUUUUCGGACAAGUUAUCGGAUCGUACCACUCGUAGCGAUGUAAACACAUGUGCCACCCCUUGUCAUGGAACAAUCAUGUUACUUUUCGAAUGAUUUUAUAAAAUAAUUGUGUAAUAGUUUGAAUAUUGUAUUAUAAUAAAUAUACGAUUAUUUUUGUAUCGUAAUCGAUGUAAGUACGAAAAUAUCGAUUCGAUAUGUACACAUUUUAAUAUUAUAUUACUAUUUGCACGUAUAAAAGGUGGAUUCUUCUUAAAUGGAGUCAGUAAAGUGCAGAUAGACAAUCAUAAAAGUUCAACAUUUAAAGUAUCGAAAAUGUAUACAUUACGUAUACAAAAUUAUGAUUUCAAUGUGAAGUGCAUAUAUAUAAAAGCGUCAUAUAAUAUUAGUGAUACUAGACUAUAUUUUGACACUAAUUUCUUCGAAAGUAACAUAUGAAAUAAUCUAUUUUUACUCUAAAGUGCAAUGUGUUUAAGUGGUGUUUUAUCAAGAUUUUUUUAUUAUUGUACCAUGCUAAUCUAGAUUUGAAAUAAUAUCAAUGUGAAGUACAAGGUGGUUAAAAAUGGAAGCGUGGUGGUUCUCUCGCAUAGUUGCACAUCAUCCAUAUGUUAUUCUAUUGACAAUAUUUCUAUUUUCUUGUACAUGUUUAAUAGCUCCUCGUACUAUUCAAAAUUUUCCAGAUUUUUCUGAUCCUCAAUUGGGAUUUGAAGCAAGGGGUACUAUGUUAUCACAAAGAUUAACAGCAUGGCAAAAUUUAAUGGAAGCAACCAAACCUAGAGGAGAACUUGUUGAUAAUCCUUUGGAAUAUUAUUAUUAUUUAGAACAACUAAAUCAACAGACUGACUCCACUUCACAAAGACAUGGUUGGACAAGUCAGGGUAUUCUUAGGAAAAAACCUAAGAGUAUAAACAGAAAAAAAGGAAAAAAGUACAUUGUAACAAAAAAUGAAACGGAAGAAGAUUCAAAUAAUGAUAAUGACAAAGACAAAUGGGAAGAAUUAUUAGAGUUAAAAAAUAAGGAUCGAUUAAAUAUUGUAGAAAAUGAAAAAAAUCAUAAUAAUUUGGACAGUGAAAGCUUUUUCUGUAAUUUACCAACUUCUGCUUAUGCUCGUGUAGUUAUAGGUACAGAAACAGAAGAAAAAAGUUUAUGGACUAUGGAAGGUGUUCUAGCUCAAUGUCAUAUUGAUGCUGCACUUAGAGCAAAUCCUCAUUUUCCUUCAUUAUGUCAAAUUCAAGAGGAACGUAAUAAUAUAAGUCAUAAGUGUUGCAGAAGUUGGUCACCUGCUAAUUAUGUAGCAUUGUUGUCUAAUCGAAGUUCCUGUUUGGGAGUGACUGAGAAUGAUCUUAUUCGAGUAGAAACUUUAUUAAGAAGAUGUGCUUAUUAUUACCAUAAUUUUGAAUUGACUAUUAACUGUGCAGAAGAUCUCAAUUGUCAGAAACGUGUUCCAGCAGAAUGCUAUCUACAUAAUGCAGUUUAUCAUCUAUUACAUUACCUUUUAGAUGUAAACUUUAUUCCAAGUCAUAAACAACAAACUUUAAAUAAGUCACAUUCAACAUUGAAAUCAGUAAUGCUAUUUCUCCCAAUUGCAGCUAGUUCAGCCAGUUUAGAUUUCUACAAAGAGUUAAAUAAUAAUGGUCUGAGUUAUGGGAAAUUUAAAGUGCGAGGCAUGCAAUUAGGAUUAAAAAGUACAUUAUUUGAUUGUCUUUUAGUAUCAGAUUUCAGUCUGGUUCUAACUGGAUUUGGCUUUGUGACCCUAUGCAUUUGGAUAUAUACUGGAUCUUUAUUAUUAACUAUUACUACAUUCUUUGCAGUACUCUUUAGUCUUGGUAUUUCAUAUGCAAUAUAUACUCUUGUUUUGCGAAUUAAAUUCUUCCCAUUUAUGAAUUUACUUGCAAUUGUGGUUGCAGUUGGAAUUGGUGCAGAUGAUGCAUUUAUAUAUUGUAAAGUUUGGGAGUGUUGCAAGCAACAAAAACUUUCCAAUGGUGGAUUAGCACGAUUAGUACAGGAAACCAUGAAACAUGCAAUACCAUCUAUGUUUGUUACUUCAUUAACAACAGCAGUAGCAUUUUUUGCAUCUAUUGUCAGUAAUGUCACUGCCAUUAAUUGUUUUAGUUUGUUCUCAGGAAUGACUGUGAUCACUAAUUUCUUUUUAAUGAUCACGUGGUUACCAGCAUGUGUAGUAGUAUCAGAACAUUGUCGAAUAACAACUCUGUCACCCGCGAGUUUUAUUACAAGGAAAAUUAUUCGUCCUAUACGAAUAUUUGCAGAUAAAAUUGCUCUUACAUUUAUUAUCUUCCUCACAAAAAUUGCAAUUGGUUUAAGAUGGUUUUGGCUUGUGAGUUUGGGUGCCUUAGCUGUAGGUGCUUGCAUAGUAGUUUUUCACUAUCCAGGACUGCAAUUACCUGAUACUCCUGACUUCCAGUUAUUUGAAACUUCUCAUCCUUUUGAACAAUAUGACUUAAUUUAUUCUCGACACUUCUGGUUCGAAAAAGUUGAAAUGAUCGAUGGUGGCGAGAUUUUACCACUACGAUUUGUUUGGGGCAUAAAACCAGUUGAUAAUGGAGAUUACCUUAAUCCUGAUAAAAAGGGUAUGCUAGUAUGGGAUGAAUCUUUCGACGUGUCUCAUGAACAAUCUCAGUUAUGGUUGCAACAGUUCUGCUAUAAUCUACGAAUUCAGCCAUUUUAUCGUAAUACAUUAGGAGCACUUCUUCCUAAUUGUUUUAUUGAAUCAUUACGUACGUGGAUGCGAAGGCAUUGUGUAGAUCCUAUAGAUACACAUAUUAAUUAUUCACCAUGUUGUAAGAGAAAUUCUUUUCCUUACAAGCCAAAUGUAUUAAAGCAAUGUGCAGCAGAAGCUACUGCACAACUCUAUCGCACACCUGCUUAUCUGUGGAAACGAGGUGGUCCAGUCUAUGCAGGUCUAAAAUUUUUGAAAGAAUCAAUACAAACUUCAUUGCAACCAAACAAUGCAACAGGAUCUUUAAUAUUACCAGUGCCUAAAAUAAAGGCGUUAAUUGUAGAAUAUGAUAGUAAAUAUGACUACAGUCUUUCAUAUCUUCAUAUGAAUCAAUUCUUUCAUGAAGUUGAGACUUGGAUGCAAGAACAAUUAAAAACUGCACCCACAACUAUGCAAGGAGGAUGGUUCGUCAGUAAAUUGGAAUUUUACGAAUUACAACGUACAUUACACGACGGUACUAUUUGGGCUAUGAUCGUUUCAUUGAUUUUAGCACUUGCAGUAUUAGCAUUCGUAACAUUAAAUCCUUUAGUUAGUAUAUAUGCAAUUAUAACAAUUGGUGCUGCCAUUAUAGUGACUGUUGCUACUUUAAUUCUUCUUGGCUGGAAACUCAAUGUUCUGGAAAGUGUUGCAGUAUCUACUGCUAUAGGUUUGGCAGUGGAUUUCAGUUUACAUUACGCUGUAAGUUAUCGAGCAUGCAACUCGGAAGAAAGAGUUGAUAAAGUUAAAGCAGCAUUAGAUCAAAUGGGUGGACCAACACUGAUGGCAACAUUAACAAGUGGAGUUGCCGGUGCUCUCAUGUUACCCUCUGAUGUAUUGGCAUAUAUACAGAUUGGUAUAUUUCUAUUGCUUGUGAUGGGGAUAAGUUGGAUUUAUGCUACAUUAUUUUUAUGCCCAAUGUUAGCAGUCAUUGGUCCAUCAUCGCAUUUUGCUCAAUUUCAAUACCCACGAGCAAGGAAAUUAUUAUUUUGUUUUCGUAAGAAAGAAUCAGAAGAGUUGGCAGAAACAAAUAGAGAUAAUGGUAAAAUGGUAAAAAAAGGAAAAGGAAAGGGAAUGCUAUCUGAAUCAACAUUAAGUACUUCUAGCACAGUAUGUCAAUUUCAUUGUAGUGAACCGGAAAUUCUUAUUGCACGGCCUCCUUCUUCAUCGUUACCUCCAUCACCGACAUCGGCAUUACUUUAUUUAGAUAGUAAUCAAACCACUGUGUGGAACAAUAGACGAAAACAAAUGAACGAUCUUGAUUGAAUAUCUAUAUUCAGAAAUCUUAAAACAUAAUAUUAUUGAUCACGUGUUACCUUCAUUGUGAACUAAAUGGAACUAUGAUCUUAUCUAAUUAAUGUGUCAUUGGCUGUGUUCAGGUAGUUAAUAAGACUGUUUGUUACUUA